AUGAGCAGGAAAGCUUGUUACGCUUUGAUCGGACGAAUCGACAGAUCUCUGUGGGAGGAUCCUGGCGUUGCGGAAGGAUACACGGAGCACGCCAAGCGAUUGUAUCCGGCAAUCUACCCUCCACCGCUUCCCGACUACUCCAGCGCGGACCUGCAUUUCCACGACCGCCAGUACCCGGACUACCAACUGCCGCCGGCCCACAACCGCCGGCGUCGUCGCGGUCAAGCUAGUCCUGCCGUGGGGCCGCCUUAUCGUCUCGAGGAGAGCCACUCGCCGCCGCCGCCUGCCCCAUCCAGUCCACCGGGGCUUCGAGAACGUCCGAGCAAACUCGAUUUGCCGCCGCGAGGGCAUCGCAAAUUUGUCCCGUACGCGGACGAGACGCCUUCGAAUUUGACGCCGUCGGACGCGAGUGACGACUCCAGUAGCUACCUCUCUGCGAGAGACAGCGGGGUUGCGAUGACGUCUGGUUCUGGUUCGAAUACGAGAUUUCGGUUCUCACCGCCUUUGAACGCGAGUGGUGUGGAGCUCGACAAAGCCGUUUGUGACCCUACAAAGCCGAUGCUGGAAACGCGUCCGUCAAAAUAUACUCAGUCCAAGAAUGUCAAAUUCCUUGAACGAAGGUAAUCGUAAAUGUGAUGCUUUCCGCGGUUUCCGUCGUCUGGUGAAUAAUUUUUUUUUCAUUACCCGACACUAAAGUCUUGAAGAUAGCCUCAUUUCACAGAUAAUUCCCGACAUUUUUCACUUUAUUCCUCUUCGGAGUUAACCAUUUGUUGUAUUCCAGUUUAUAUUGGGGGGGAAAAUAAUGCUGCCAAUUUUCUGGGUUGUCGCCUCGUUUGGUAGAAGUUUUGUACUGUAUGCUUAUUUUUGUGACGUACUUUUCAAAAGCAACGCCGAAAACGAAUAAAUUCGUUUCUGCGCAUGUACUUCGGUUGUCGACAUGGAAGAGCUUUCGAAUGAGCUGGCAUUUCCUGCAAAAUUUCCCUUCACGUGCUUGCGUGCGAUUCAUUUGUCGUUCGUUUUCACUUCAAUUGAUUUCUGAAGACGUCUUCCUCGGAACAUUCGUUAUGUACAUUGGCGAGCUCCAGAAACGAAUGGAAGAUACGAUUAUCCGUUUUUUUUUAUUCGUCUAUAAAUUCUUCAGAAUUGAACUUUGAAAUUCGUGGCCAGGAAUCAUUCUGAACGAUCACCGUGGAAAGCUGCUUCACGUGUGUGAUAGUCAAAUGAGUGUAGGAGCAGGUUUUACAUGCUUUAUCCUAGGCUCUCUCGCAAAUGCGGUGUAACACGCAUUAAUUACGGGUAAUGCUCACGGCUCUUCGUUUUCGUGCGCAAAAAAAAAAAACUGGAGUCCGCCUGUUCGGUCGUUUUUCUAGUUACAUUUAUUUUUUUCACGAGGUGUGAUAAACUAGCCUUCUGUUCUUCGUACACCGCUUUGAAGCAUUCCGUGUAUUGUAUUUUUCCAUAACUUGCUCGCUGAGUAAGAGAGAAGGAACCCCAUUUUUUUUCUCUGUUGAGAUGAAAAAAGGAUGCUUUUGUGCUUUGUUGUUGUUCGGCAUGACGAUCGAUGCAUUCCUAGACCUGUUGUGUUGUGUAACAUAUCCGAUAAACGAGAAAGCAGGAUCUGGGCCGUUCGCGAUCCCGGGGUGAAUGAAUGUGAUGCCAAGGGAGGCAGGUUAUUGAUAUUAUUCGUGCUUUUCUUUUUCCAUUCCGUCGCGGUUUGUGGGAAUCUCAAACGUGCCUGGUUGUUGUGGACCUGCGUUUUUUUGCCAGUUUGAUGCUGCUGUUUUUUUUUUUUUUUUUUUAAUGAAAACGUAUUUCGCAAUAAUCUGUGCGAGCUUGCAUCGCUGUUCAGCGUCAAUUUCCAUUCGGAUAUUUUUUAGAAUAGUGACAUGUGUCUCUCCAAAUUGGGCUGAAUUUUUAUGAUUGGAAAAUCUCCGUGUCAGUGUUGAAGUACGUUAUUGUUCCGGAUGCGAGUUCACAAUCGAAACGAGUGAGUGCUGAUGAAGAGAUGAACAUCAAGCUAAUGAAUACGGUACCUUUUUUAAAUUUCGCAUAAACUUUUAAGAAAAGGGCACUAUGAUGAAUUUUGAGACAUUUAACUUAAACUAAUCCAAGGUUGAGAAUCCAGAAUGCCGGAGUUCGCCAAGAGGCAUCUUAUACAGUACACAUUUUUACGACAUACUCACAAGAUUGCACAAUACGUGCUAAAAGAAAAAUCUGAUCAUUUAUUGAGACAGGUGACUUCAGAGGCAAUGUUGGAAAAAUGUACGUUAUGGUGACCAAUUUUUUACCCUUCUCUUUCGAAGAUAAUUUUUUUGUUCGGAGGUUAGGCAAAAAAGUCUCUUGAUAUCAAACAAAUUAUGCGAAGAUCAGUAAGCCUUGAUAUUGCUGCUUGUCUGUUGCAACUUCGAGCAUAAAUUAUUCAUCAGCAAUAUCUAAAUGAUACGCUAUCCGUGUAAUGACAUGAAAUGUAUUCAGCCUUUUAUUUAGUUAUGUUCAUGAAAACUCUUUUCAAUGUGUCUUCAUUCAUCAGUCACUCACGGUUUCAUUACUGUUGGCAAAAUGUGCAUUGCGAAAAAAUCCCACAGAAGCAUCGAAAUACCGUCGACUAUCAUUAGUUUAGCUUGAGUUUUAUUUUGGAUACUACUGUACGUUUUUCCUAAAUCUGGUGAUUAUUUUUGUUGAAAUCGGGCGGAAAUAAUAAUUCCGUGAAUUUAUCUUGGAGGGCACAUUGCUGGAACUAUCUUCGGAGAAGAUGUCGAUUGAAAGCAUGAACUAUUACGGAAAUUUUGAAGCCCUUCUUCUGAGCUUGUUGAAAUUCAAACUGUAUUUUGAUCAUUGCCUUCCCUCGCGUAGCUGAACAAGUGUAAUUUGUAUUGUAUUUUGUAGCAACGAUCUCAGAGAUGCCUUGGAGUGAAGUUUGUUUCUUUUUAAUAGUCAGCGUCUUGUGCCAUCCGUUUUUGCCCGUGCUUAAAAUGAAAAGGAAAGGAAGGUAAUCCUGGCAGGUUUUUUGACAAGUUUUUCUUGGAAUUUGAUCAAGUGCGAGCCGGAAAUCGUGGUUGUUGUGAUUGAACGGAAACAAUUUGUGUUGUUUUGUCAUGUGGAAUGGUAACUGACCCGAGGAUUCUCACGUGGUGGGUGCUUUUGACGCGUAUGCGAUUUUUUUGUUCGGCUUUCUUUACGUCAUUGAGUUAUAUUAUCUGGUCUUGAAUUCCAAGUUUUGAUGCUGUUUUAUUGAUGCCAUUCUCGUGUGUUUGUUUUUCAAUGAUCAAAAGGUAGCUUCGUUCGUUUAGUUCACGCCGUCUUUCAUUCUCCCCCCAUAAUUCGCGCUUAAAGUUUGUUCUAUUUAUUUUCUCCUGAAUGUGUUUCGUGUCGGAUUCUACGUGUUUAUGAAAACAGAACGUGAAGUACGGCAUGAAGGAACUGAUCGAGUUGUCGGGUGCCAACGGAACGAAAUUUAGAUGGCGGAUUACCCGCUGAUAUCCACGACA